AUGCCCUUCCCUGCAGAUGAGGCGAAGAUCGUGUCAAUAUUCAUACAGACAUUACUUUACGGAGCUUACACUGUCUUGUUCAUUCUCACGAUAUGGGCACUACUCACCCGACGGCGCAAGAGCAACCCAUGGACGGACCCCAUGCUGUGGAUAUCCAUCCACAUUGGCGUUAACUACACCCGCAUCAUCAAGGCCUUUGUCAUCUACCGUAACGAACCUGGGGGCCCGGCGGCCUUCUUCAACCAGCUGUCCGAGUUCACCAAAUAUUCGGGAGUACUCUCUACGUCGCCCAGACGCUCGUCGGCGAUAGUGUUCUCGUGCUACUUAGUCUGGGGCACCCUGUGGGUCAUAGCGGUUCCGUUCGUCUUGCUGCUGGGAAGCACAGCUUCCGGCAUUGGCAUCCUCUACUCCUUCGCCAAGGUCGUGCCCCAAGCUGACAUAUUCGUCGACGAGCUGCAGAACUGGAUCACCUCGUUUUUCUCGCUCACGCUCGCGACAAACAUCAUCUGCACGAGCCUCAUCGCGCUCCGGAUAUGGUGGAUCAACCGCUCGAUCAUGACGUUCAUGGACCACAACUACUACCCCAUCAUCUUCCUCGUGCUCGAAUCCGGCGUGGUCUACUCCGCCACGCUCACCGCGCUGCUCAUCCUCUACAAGACCGGCUCAUGGUUCCAGUACGUCCUGCUCGAUGCCAUCUCGCCCAUCGUCGGCCUCGUCUUCUCGAUGAUCAUCAUCCGUAUCGGGCUCGGGAUCACGACCGCGCACGGGUCGUCGUCAGGCUCGAGCGCCAGGGACAGCCAGGCGGCGUUCGACCGGCGCAUCCCCAUUUCGUUCGCGCGCCCGACGCGGAACACGUCGACGCUGGACGACGUAGAAUACAACCCGGACGAGCUGCAGCUGCGAGAUAUGUCGACACGCAGUCAGGACCUCGGCGUGAAGGACGAGCAGCUCCCCCCGUGGUGA